CCUUCUUUAGAAAAUGUGGAAAAAAGGAAACGAGACAAAUAAACAUAUCGGCAAAUUUCAGAUUUAUUCGAAACCUAGUGGCCUAGUGGUUUGGCCAUUUCUGCUGCGCAGAAGAAUCGACUAGUCUGUUUCAGUCUGUUUCGCAAGUAUUCUGUGGUCUGUGGUUUACUUACGUAUUAGUUUCGCGUUAAAAAAAGCCUGUUACGGUUUUUGGAAACAGCAAAAAUGGCAAUAAUGCGGGGUCUUACAAUGAGCAGCCUUAAAAAGAAUCCUAUGCUGAUUCCACUGUUCUUUUGCAUCGGAGUUGGAGCAUUAGGAUCGAGUUUUUAUUUGUUCCGUCUCGCUGUUCGUAAUCCCGAUGUUACGUGGACCCCUGGAAAAAAUACCGAACCAUGGAACGAAUACAAAGACAAACAAUACAAGUUCCAUAUGAUCCACAAUAAAAAUGCCAAAUCUCCUGCGCCAGAAUACUAAAAAUGUAUUCUUUCCAUCUUAGUAUCGACUGUAAAUGGUUAACUUAAUAUUGUAUUAUUCUAUAAUGUAAUUCGUUUGUUUCAUGAUCGUACUAACGAUAAGUGAUCAUGACAAUAGGCAUACUGUGCAUGAUUCGUAUUAUUCUUUCAAGUGUAAUAUACAAAGUUUAAAUUAGAUUUAAAUAUUAAAGUUUGAAUACCUUCUGAAAAUAAUCUUAUUUCGACGACAUUGUACGAGACAGAAGAAGAGAAUAAAUGUUAUAUAAAUAGCUGUUAUAUUUCUUUUGUUAUGGUUUGCAACAAUAAAUCGCAAAAGGUA